AUGGCGGCGCCCGCGGGGUUGGCCAAGGCGGCCGCGGGGAAACUGUCCGAAGCGGUGGGUGAGCGCACCCGGCCUGGCUCGGCGCUGCAGGAGACACACCGGCAGCGCCGGCUUAUCCUCGUCAUCGUCUGCGUGGCGCUCUUUCUGGACAACAUGCUCUACAUGGUCAUCGUCCCCAUCGUGCCCGUCUAUAUCGCUGGCCUGCACAAGGGCAGCGAAGAGGACCUCCCGGACCACCACCACCAGCAGCUGCCGCCCGCGGCCAACGCCAGCCAGCCCACCAAUGCCACCAGCGCCCCGACGCCUCCGCCGAAGUCCAAUCUCAAGCCCACUUACCCAACGGAGAGCGAGGACAUCAAGAUUGGCGUGCUGUUCGCCUCCAAGGCCAUCCUGCAGCUGCUGGUGAACCCCCUGGGCGGGCCCUUCAUAGACCGCGUGGGCUACGACGCGCCCCUGCUCAUCGGCCUAGGCGUCAUGUUCGCGUCCACGGUCAUGUGCUUCGCAGAGGAUUACGCUACCCUGUUCGCCGCUCGCAGCCUGCAAGGGCUCGGUUCGGCCUUUGCCGACACGUCGGGCAUUGCCAUGAUCGCGGACAAAUACCCCGAGGAGCCCGAGCGCAGCCGGGCCCUGGGCGUGGCCCCUCGCCUUUAUCAGUUUGGCAGCUUGGUGGCGCCCCCCUUCGGCGGCAUCCUUUACCAGUUCGCAGGAAGGGUACCCUUUCUGGUGCUGGCCGUGGUCUCCCUGCUGGACGGGUUUCCUCUCAUGCUGGUGGCCAAGCCUUUCUCCGUAAAGGCGCGGGAAAACUUGCUUGUGGGCACGCCCAUCCACCGGCUCAUGCUGGACCCUUACAUCGCGGUGGUGGCCGGAGCGCUGACUACCUGCAACAUUCCUCUGGCUUUCCUGGAGCCUACUAUUGCCAACUGGAUGAAGGAGAGCAUGGGGGCAUCCGAGUGGGAGAUGGGACUCACCUGGCUCCCAGCCUUCUUCCCGCACGUCCUGGGCGUCUAUCUCACAGUCAAGCUGGCUGCGCGCUACCCUCACCUGCAAUGGUUCUAUGGUGCCCUGGGACUGGUGGUCAUUGGAGCCAGUUCCUGCACGGUGCCGGCCUGCCACAACUUCGGCCAGCUGGUGGUGCCCCUGUGCGGGAUCUGCUUCGGCAUCGCGCUCGUAGACACCGCUCUGCUGCCCACGCUUGCCUUCCUGGUGGAUGUGCGACACGUCUCCGUCUAUGGGAGCGUCUACGCCAUCGCAGACAUCUCCUACUCCGUGGCUUACGCCCUCGGGCCCAUUGUGGCCAGCCAGAUAGUACACACUCUCGGUUUCCCACAGCUCAACCUGGGCAUGGGCCUGGCUAACUUGCUCUACGCACCGGUCCUUCUGUUCCUUCGCAACGUCUGCUAUAUGACGCCGUCCCUCGAGCAGGACGUACUUCUAGACGAGUCACCCAAGGGCCUCUACGACACUAUCCGCCUGGAGGAGCGGUAGGCAAAACAAGCUCGCCACGGCCUGCCCCCCGAAGGGGAGGUUCUGGGAUGGGAGGGGGAAGGCGCCGCCCAGGGACCGUCCCCAGGGCCGUUGUCCGGGAAGAGUCCUCGGACACGACUACGAGUACAGUUAAAAGUAUUUGGGAGGAGCGUGGGAGGGAAAGUCCUUUAAACCCCCUGUCCCUCCGCCUCCUCCUUUUCUUGGAAACUUGGUACAUCGAGGGUUAAACUAAAGAAAAUCGACCCAUGUAACAUUGUCUAGGCUAGGUGGGUGGUGCUGGAGGGCCUUAUAGCCUUGUCUGUUCAAUGUGUCUCCCUCUCUCCACUCUUAAGACAUGUCCCCGAUGUAUUCAGCUUCCCCCCCCCCCCCCCCCCGCCUUCUCUUCGCAAUCCUCGGUUUGCAAUUCCCCUUAGUUCCGCUGUCUCACAGAUGUUACCCAGUCCCGUUUUCCUACCCCCAAUCCCGUCCCAAUAACUGGCUAGACCAGCAGUUCCGGACUGGCGCGGGGAAAUGAUCUCUUUGUAGUUUGGAGACGCUAUUCCUGCUCGGUCUUCCAGACCCAAAGUCGUCUGAGGAGGCGACACCUUGCUUGAGUAUAACGCUCCCCGAGACCACAACUCACCCUUCCUCCUCAACCCUAAAAUUUCCCGGCGGGAGUGGGUGGGGUGGGUUCUCUGACCUCUGCCUAUCCCAUUUAGCUGGAGUCUGUGUGUGCAAAAGUUUGUUCGAAUUUGAAAAAAACAAAAACCGUGUGUGACAAACUGUAUAUCUCUGUGCGGGGGAAUAAAACCCGUGUAAUGUCAUUCAAGUUGUAUAUUCAGGGACAAGAACUCAAUAAA